AUGGAAAGUACUCAUAUUCAAGAAGCUAGAACCGUUCAUUGUUGUCAGUGUCUUAUUUGUAAGAAAGAGACGUUCUUUCAAACAAAAAACCCAAAAAUGAAAACAACACGAUUAGUUUUAUUGAUAUUAAAGUCACUCAAAGUAUUAAAACCACAAAUAGAAUAUUAUUCUUUAGUUAAAGACAUCCUCCCAUUUAUCAACGACCAUUUACCAUUAUUUCAAAACUUAAAAAUCUUUCAAAAUGGAAAAUGGAGAAAAUCAAUAUUAGAUGCAUUAAAUCAUUCAGCACAAGUUGAGUCAGGAAGAGAAGUGUGUAAGAAUAGAGGGUUCUAUAAAAUAAAAGAAGAAGAAAACAAAGUAGUAAUUGAAAAGAAUAAAAUAAAAGAUGAAAUGAGUAAUAAUCUGGAGAUUUUAGAAAAUGAACUUAAACGAAGUUUGAGAUUAUUGGAAGAAAUGAAAAUGAUACAAACAAAUGAAAUUGAAAAAAAUGAAACAUUAUUCAUAUGUGAGUCAAAACGUGCAAGUAUUAGCAUUAUUCAAAAUCUUCAAUUGUUAUUAUAUCAUCUUAAUUAA